UCCUUCGCCUCGCGCCCUUCCCAGUGUGCAGCCCUGCCAUCACCACUGACCUGUGCUAAGCAGGAGAUCAAUAGUCAAUUCCAUUUUGUGGCCUGCCUCUGACAGCUAUUAAAUAGGAGUGGACUGGAUACGUUUAAGUAGCAAGAGCAAAAGUUCAACUGUGUGCCAGACCUCGCCGGGCAGCAACUACACAGGAGUUUAAAUGUGACCCCCAGACAACCUACAGAUCCAGAACACUUUAAAGUUUGUAUUGUGUUCAGUCAUCAUAACAAUGGCAUCAAUCUGGCUUGUGCUUGUGCUGUGGAUAUAUAUUAAUGACACGAAAAAAGGAAUCCAAGCAUUAUCAUGUGCUAAGAUUCACACUCCUGCCUCUAUGGUGCUCGCUGGCUCACCCGUGUCAGUGUCCUGCUCCAUCCAGGAUGACUGCCCGCUGACUAAAGGCAAAAACUUUCAUGUGGCAUGGAAGAUUGACAACCAUUUUGCCCCCAGCAAUCUCUCUUACCAGGAGAGUAACAGGACGUAUGGUGUAAUCAUCCCUAGUCUACCAGACGCAGGCGCAUUCAUUCUUUGUGCUGUGUGUGAAGAACAAGAGAAUUUGGACAGUUGCCAAAUUGUCAAUGGAGUUAACGUUAAAGUGGGACAUCCUCCAUCUGUUCCUAAAAACCUGAGAUGCUCUUUGAGUCUAACGUUCAACCAAAGCUUCUGUUGUCAGUGGGAUCCUGGUCAGGAAAUGCCAAAUCUUCCUACAAAUUAUAUUCUUCACGUUUUUAGGGAGAUGUCGAAAAAUGAUCGAUAUGUGAUCCCACGUGGAAUGCAUUCCUACUCGAUUCCAUCUGAUAGUUUAUUUUUAGAGAUGGAGAUUAAUGUUACAGCAGUGAAUAUCUUUGGGAACGCCACCUCUGAAACCUUGAAGCUGGUUCCUCUGGAAACAGCAAAGUUCGACCCUCCGGAGAUUAAGAGGAUAGAAGCAGAUGCGUUUGGCUGCUUAAAUUACAGCUGGAGUCUUGCACAGUCUCAGACAUGGCUGGUGACACCUUUAUGUGUAGAGUUGAGAUUGAAAACAAUGAACAACCAGCUAAUCAAAGAGCUGGUUUUGCCACUCUGGAAACAAGAAAACAAAAUAAAUGUAUGUGACCUUCCUCAUGGGACAAAUUACAGCACCACAAUGCGAGUGAAGUAUAAUUCAUUGAGUAAAUGGAGUAAUUGGAGUGAUCUGAAAAUAGCCAACACACUUAUGAAGGCUCCGACUGGCAGCUUGGACACAUGGCUUAAAGUGAAUGAUCAGACCGCACAACUCUACUGGAAGCCCUCAGAAGAUUUCAGUGCCAAUGGCUGGGAUUUGUCAUAUACUGUCGAAUCAAAGAAACCAAAAAAGGCUUUAUGUGUUACACGAGAAAACCACUGCUUUUUCAAUCUCCCCGAGUUGGUUGAAACAGUUUACCUGAGAGCCACUAAUGCAAUAGGGAGCUCGGAUCAUACCAAAGUACCAGUGUAUCCGAACAGAGGGCUGGGCUCUGUCUCUAAUUUAAGUGUUCAUCCCCAGUCAGAGACGUCAGUGCUCAUCACAUGGGGACGACCAGCGUCCCCCCAUGUCACAGGAUACGUGCUUGAGUGGAGACCUCUGUGUGAGACACCGGCAGCUCCCCUGUCCUUUACUCUGAUGGACAAAAACAACUCCAGUACCAUAGUAACAGGGUUGAGGCCUUACGAGCCCUAUGAGAUCUCUAUUUAUCCCAAAUAUGUUGACGGGAUUGGACAUCCUCAAACCUUAAUGGCAUACAGCAGUCAGAAAGCACCCUCUGUGGCCCCAUAUUUGAAUGUUACGGAAAUAAGUCAUUCCUAUAUCAAACUUCACUGGGAUGAAAUUCCUCUUGAGCAGAGAAAUGGGAUCAUUCAAGGAUAUACCGUUUUCGUUUGGCAUGAGAGGGACAAAAUCAAAGUCAUAAAGACUGAGCAGACCAGUGUUGAGGUGAAAGAUCUUCAACCACUUACCAAAUAUUAUGCCCUUGUGACUGUUCAUACGAUGGGCGGAAGUUUAAACGGAUCAGUUGUGACCCUAGCAACUGGAAAAAUUGAUGGAAUUGAAAUGGUGCUGUUUGUUAUCCCAGCAUGCAUUGGGUUAUCACUUCUCGUCAUCAUCGUUGUGUUUGCCUGUGUUGGGAAACAUGAACGUGUGAAGAUGUGUUUGUGGCCUAUAAUUCCUGAUCCUGCCAACAGCAGUAUUAAGAGGUGGACAGACAGUGACUCAUUGCAGGGCAUGCCUCACUGUAAAGAAGACAUGGAGCCUGUGUUGAUGUAUCUGUCCCAUUUCAGUCUUCUUGAUCUGGCUGAGAACAAGCCAUUCAAGAGUGACUAUGUCAAGGAGGACCAGUGGUCACAUGAUAUCGAUAGCCAUGAUGAGAGUCAUCCCUCCUUCCAGACCUGUGUCAUAUAUGAUACGGAGCAUGACAAGGAAUCUGUCCCUUAUGCCACAGUUGUGUUCGGUGGUCCGUAUCAAAACCAUUCAUCCCCUCCACCAGCCUACGUUCGCUCUGACUCCACACAGCCUCUGUUAGGGGCUAACAACCCUGGCAGCCCCCCACCAUAUGAGAAUGUGUCACCAAGCGGCGGUGUUUCUCAAGUGCAACACUUCGCUACAUUCCUUCAGAAAUCCACUGAAAGUGAGGAGAAUGAAGAACAUUGGGAUGACUUUCCUAUGCUCAGAUCCUUAGAGAUUAGGAAUACUGAUCAUAUCUAAAGAUAAAUUCAUCAAGUUCCUGUUUAUGUGCUUCUUUUUUUUUAAGGAUGUGUGUCACAAUUUGAAUUUGAGUAUAUAUAUAUAUAUAUAGAGAGAGAGAGAGAGAGAGAGAGAGAGAGAGAGAGAGAGAAGUGGCCCCAAAAAAUGUGAAUGUGGCCUAAACUUGACUGAUUUGGCUCACAUGACAGAUCUGUUUCGAAAGUGAUUAGCAAAAAUAGUCUGUCUGUGACUAAUAGAGCCACUCAGUUCCUUUUUGCUUUCGUUUCAUUAUUAACUUAUCGCCAGGGACUGCAUAUAGAUUAAACAGAUAACAUAUAGUAGAACAGACCAGACCACUGGUAUUUCAAUGAAUGGGAGAAAAUGGAACUCCCAAAAUGGCAGCUCUAAUAAACAAUAUCCCACCUUUUUCUAAGCUAAAGAUCCAGUCAACAAAAUCACUUCCUGGUGUUUAUAUAAAACAUGUCUUGAGAAAUCGCAGAGUUGCAUUUUAUGUUAUCCUGCCCUUCCAAGUUCAUUCUUUCUUUAUAGCUGAACAAUACAUUCAUGUGUUCUUAGCACUGAGAAACUGUAGCAAAUUUCUGCAGCAUUUCAAAAAUUAUAAUAUUUAGGAUAAUGCUACAUGAUAUCCUGUAUAAUAUGUAAAAAAGAGCACAUUUCUGGUUUGUUAUUAUUGUUGGGGCUGUGGGCGUAUAUGAGACUAUUUUUUGUAAAAAAAAAAAAAAAAAAUGCUGGCUUAUUUUUUAUUUAUUUUUUUUGCUGUACUUUUAAUUCAAAAUAUUUUGAUAAUGUGAUAAAUGUUACGUUCAUUUACUUCUUAAUGUUACUUAAAAUUUUCCACAUGCUAUACAUUCAUCUCUUUUAUGGUGCUUUGCAUUCAGUAUUUUUAUUUUUUUUUAAACAUUUUAAAAGAAUACAGAUUGUGGUGACAUCUGGCAAUGUUACAAAACUUUCUCUGGAAAGGACAAAAUAAAUGAUUUCUCAAUUAAUUUCA